AUGGAGAAAGAUCGAAUGUUUCAUAGGAGAGAACCUUCUUUACAUGUACACCACGUUUGCAUCGACGGUGUUUUGUAUUAUCCAGCGAGGAAGUUUUGGGGGGAUAAGGAUUACAUCAUCGUUUGCUUUGAUGUUCGGUCGGAGACGUUCAGGUGCGUUAAAGACACCGACGGGUACACUCGGCCGUUUCGUAGCGCGCCUAUGGUGAACUUUAACGGGAAGUUAGCUUCGCUUGGGCCUGAAGAAACUGUUGAUGGAAGCUGUGAGAGUAAUAGGUUGCGUGUUUUGGAAGAUGUUGAAACGGGGGAGUGGUCGGAGCGUACGUUCGUGUUGCCUGAGGUGUGGAAGAGUGUGGUUGGACGCACCUUUGUACGGUUCGUUGGAGUGACUCGGAGUGACGAGAUUGUCUUGUACUCGUCGUCGUUGCAGUACCUAGUGUACUACAAUACAGAGAGGAACACGGUCGUAAGAGUCGACAUCCAAGGAAUGGAAGCGUUUAUGGGUUUUCAGAUCUUCACUUUGCAAGAUCAUAUAGAGGACGUGAGGCUUACGAAAGUGUAG